CGAAGUAGCGCGAUCGAGCAUACAUGCGUCGGGUAUCCCGGACGGAUACGACGCACAUAUCCACGGCCGUUUUGGUAAUGCGACUUGGAAAGGAAAGGCAGCAUGGGAGUUUAUUCGUUGCUGGGCGUGUGGAGCACACACGGGCCGACCCUGCUCGGCCGAGGCAGACCGAAGGCUUCAGGCGAGGUGGCGCGCGGGGAAAGGGCAUAUAUUUUCCUGUUGAUCUGCCGGGCGUUUGCUCACAAGGGAGUGGAGGGCCCGACAACGUGGUACUUGGGUCGAGUGAAUCAAUACUGCCGUAUCCAUGCGGCUUGUUUUCAUAAACGAGUAGGAAGCUUGGGUGACAUGACGGCGCCUACCUCAUCGCGCAGGACGUUGUUCUUUCGGUGGGAUCUUGAUGAGGGUACGGAGUACCGGCCUCGUUUCCUUUUGAAUCAGAGUUAUGCCUGCCAUCGUUCAUUUAGGUUGGUUGAGUUCCACCACCGACCUUUUCAACAUGCCUGGGACUUUGCUGCUGAUACCUAUGGCUUCACGUCUCCGAUGGAAGCAGUGCUCUAGUGGACACAACAGGAAGUGCGAUAUUAGUUGCA